CACAAUAAAGAGGGAAAUGGAUCCCGUUCCUGGGGCCGAAUCUUCAGAGGAGGAACUGGAAAUAUUACAGAUUAGGAUAAAGGAUGAGUUGGUUUCUGAAGAUCACCUGAACCCAAUGGAGAGAUCAGCAGUUCUGCUCUCUGAGGAGGAUUCCUCUGAGGACGAACCAGAAAUAUUAAAGAUAUUGAUAAAGGAAGAAGAACCAGACUCAGAUUAUGAUUUGAACCCCGAGGAGAGCUUGGAAGUUCCUCUCGCCGAUGAGGCGGGGAAAAUAGAGCCAUUACUGAGCACUGGAGAAUGUAAUACGACUGAAAGUCACAGAACGCGUAGAAAGUCACGGUGUGACUCACGCACAAGAUGUGAAGAUUCUUCAGCGAGUUCUGAUGCCUCAGUGUUUACCUGCUGCAAGUGCGGAAAGUACUUCUCUUUGGCGAGAGAACUGGCCCAGCAUCUCCAUGUAUGUACUGGUUACAGCACAGAGAGCAGCCGGAAAGCAGGGGUGAAGCCUUUUGUCUUUACUGAGUAUGAAAAAGUACAGAUAUCUCCCACCGGAGAGAAACCAUUCACCUGCGCAGAGUGCGGUAAAAGUUUCUCACGGAACAGCAAUCUCCUGGCACAUAGGAGGCUCCACCGAGGGGAGAAACCAUUCGCGUGCAAGGUUUGUGCAAAGCGCUUUUCUCAAAAAAACAACCUUAUGGCACAUGAGCGGAUCCACACAGGGGAGAAACCCUUCACGUGCAUGGAGUGCGAGAAAAGCUUCUCUCAGAAGAGCAGCCUUCAGGCACACAAGAAAAUUCACACAGGGGAGAAACCCUUUGUGUGCACCGAUUGUCUGAAACGAUUUUCUCACAAGCAUCAGCUUGUGAUCCAUAUGAGCAUCCAUACCGGGAUAGCAAAGUUCAUUUGUUCAGAAUGUGGGAUGAGCUUCUCCCUAAAGAGCAGCCUUCAGAGGCACCAGAAGAUCCACGCUGGGGAUAAACCCUUUAUAUGCACAGAAUGCGGGAAAAGGUUUUGCACAAAGCACGAACUUCAGAAACACCAGAGAAGUCACACAGGGGAGAAACCAUUUGUGUGUAAAGAGUGUGGGAAAUGUUUUGCUACCAACAGGAACCUUUAUGUACAUCAAAAUGUUCACACUGGUGCAAAACCCUUUUCAUGUCCUGAUUGUGGCAAAUAUUUCUCUCAGAAGAGCAGUCUGCACCGACACCAGAACAUUCACACCGGGGCGAAACCAUUCACAUGCACAGAGUGUGGGAACAGCUUUGCUUUAAAAAGCACCCUUCUACGGCAUCAGACCAUUCACACAGGGGAGAAACCGUACAGCUGCACGGAAUGCGGGAAAAGCUUUUCAUUGAAGUGCACUCUUCGGAAACACCACAAAAUACACACAGGGGAGAAACCAUUCAUGUGCACAGAGUGCGGGAAGUGCUUCAACAACAGGCAUAAACUUCACAACCAUCAUAAAAUUCACACGGGAGAGAAACCUUUCCUGUGCACGGAAUGCGGCAAAGGGUUCUGCAACCGGAGCAGCCUCCACACCCACCAGAAAAUCCACACGGAUGAAAAGGACUUUGCGUGUACGGAGUGCGGGAUGCGGUUUUUUCAAAGGCGCGACGUUCACAGGCAUAUGAAGAUUCACGGAGCGGAGAAACCUGUAGGUAGAAAGCGUUUCGCUCAAAAGACCCGACGGCUUGGCCGCCUACACACGGGUCCAAAACCUUUAACGUGUAAGGAAUGUGGGGAGUGUUUUUCUUUAAAGAACAGCCUUCGGAAACACCUACGAAUACACACGGAGCAGAAACGUUUCCCUUGCUCAGAAUGUGGGAAAUGCUUCUCUGUAGAGAUCCAGCUUAACAGCCACCGGAACAGUCACACAGGGGAGAAACCAUUCAUCUGCAAGGAAUGUGGGAAAAGCUUCUCUUUAGAGAUCCAACUUAACAGCCACCGGAACAGUCACACAGGGGAGAAACCAUUCACCUGCACGGAAUGUGGGAAAUGCUUCUCUGUAGAGAUCCAACUUAAUAGCCACCGGAACAGUCACACAGGGGAGAAACCAUUCACCUGCACGGAAUGUGGGAAAAGCUUCUCUGUAGAGAUCCAACUUAAUAGCCACCGGAACAGUCACACAGGGGAGAAACCAUUCACCUGCACGGAAUGUGGCAAAGGCUUUUCACUAAAGAAUAACCUCCUGGCCCACAAGUGGGUUCACAAGAAGGGGAAAGGCUUUGCCUGCGCAGAAUGUGGGAAAAGUUAUUUCCUGAGGUCCAGCCUCCUAGCCCACGAGCGGAUCCAUACGGGCAAGAAAGCUUUUGUGUGUGCGGAAUGCGGGGACGGAUUUACUCACCGCUACCAACUUCUAAUACAUAUUAAAUUUCAUACGGGGGUAGAACCUUUCACAUGUAAAGAGUGCGGGAAGUAUUUCACCCUAAAAAGCAGUCUUCUUAGGCACCGGGCAGCUCACCCAGGUGUGAAACCUUUUAGGUGUAUAAGAAGUGGGCAGCCAUUUUGGUUUGGAAGCAGCCGACAGAAACACUUGAGACUUCACCGAGGGAAGAAGCCGCUCACUUGCACGGAGUAUGGGAAAAGAUUCUCUCACAGGAGCAUCCAUCAGGCUCACAGGGAAACCCGGGCGGGAGAGAAACCAUUCAUGUGCACUGAGUGUGGGAGGCGCUUCUCUCAAAGGAGCGGCCUGUACAGACACCAGAGAUGUCACACAGGGGAGAAACCAUUCACUCGCAGAGACAGAGGGAAAAGUUAAAUGAAAUUGACUUUUAUUAAUGAAUAAUAUCCGGUGCUGGUUUCCCUUUGGGCUAAACAUUAACCCUAUCUGUAACAAUGGCCCCUUUAUUGGA